GGGGUAUCUGUUCAUUAUGCCUAAGUGUCUUAUUUAUAUUUUACAGCUACUCGCAGUAAUUAUUCAUUUUAUUCCAGGCAUUUAUAAUAAUUUUGCAUUUUAUCCAGAAAUUAUUCACUUGUUCCAGGCAUUCCUAGUCGUUUUCCAUAUUAUUUCGGACAUUUUUCAUAUCAUGUAUAAUUUCCAAGAACGUAAUAACGACCAUUAAAGCAGAAAAGGUGGGAAACAUAUAUAGUUUCUAUACAUAUUAUAUUCACUCCAUUUAUAUGCGUCAAAUCAUUAUUAUUCCACGUUUUCUCUAAAAUAAUACGGUACAAGUUUGAAGUGACUCACACGAAGUAAAUUAAACGAGGAAAAGUCAAACCGCAGAAUCAAAGGAAAAAUUUUCCGAAGGGCACUGACAGACUUUACUUGAAGUGAAAAAAUUCUGAAAUCUCGCGAAAAGCCGGAAUUUUGAGUAAAAGCGAAGGGAAGUUAAUAAGGGCAGUUUUUUGCCCUGUAAAAGACUGGAAAAUGAAGUUAAGUUUUUAAUAGGCGAGAAAAGCGAGUUAAUUGGGGAUUAUUUUAUCGGAUUUUUUAGCACUUCUGUAGCUAUAAAGUGUCAAUUUUCGUUCGUUAAUUGUGUUGCUAGCUUAAUAAUUAUCGUGCAACUUUAGUUGGUUACUAUAGUGAACCAAAAAUGUCGUCACAAAGCAUCAUUUCAUUACCACCAAAGAUGGAACUGACAGAGACACGUUUCCUAUCAUUGCAACACCCAAGAAAAUCGAGCAAAAACCCAACAAGACAUGUGAAUUUUAACCCAAUGGCAAGUGUCAUCUCGUACAGCGAAUCACAGGAGUGGAAUCCUGAUAUUUCCAAAAAAUCUGCGUUAUCUGGAUUGUUGGAUCAGCUCGCGUCAAAGGAAAAUAACGUGAGUUUUCAUGCCAAGAGACCUUUGGUGAAAAUAUGUGAGCAGUCGUUUACGGUGCAUGAUGGUGGGCCGGUGAAUUUGAAGAUUACGGUAGAACCCAGAGAAGAAAAGGGUCAUCUCAGAGGUUACCCGCCACCAUCCAACGCCAUGCUAUUCGACGACGACCCAGGCAUAAUGUCAGAAGUGGAAACGAGCUCCACCGGGUUCCGGAGGGGUGGCAAACAACGCAGUUCCCUACCGGUGGUACGCACCCCCAGUAAAACCCUGGAAAGGCCAUUGGUCUUUUUGCAAUACCGCAACGAGACCAAGAGGGCUUUGCUACCGAACGAGAUAACCUCCUUGGACACGGUUAGGGCGCUCUUUGUACGUUCGUUCCCGAAACAGUUGACUAUGGAGUAUAUGGACUCUCCGAACGUGAAGAUUUACAUGCACGACUCUUCGAAGGAUAUGUUUUAUGAGUUGGAGGAUUUAAGAUCGUACCUCAGGGAAAUCAGGGAUCGUUCAGUGUUGCGAGUGUUUGAGUCUGCUGACGUGUCAGGUGGGCUGCCAAUGGCGGGCAUUGGAAUAGCGGGAGGCGGUUUGGCGGGACAUUUUGAGGAUCCCAGUUACUUUUCUGAGCCGGAGUUCGAUUCGGAGUACCAGCACCAGCAUAUCCAUAAGAGCAAGGUUGGAGGAAAAGCACCGUACUACAUGGGUUCCACCACGAGUCUUCCCAGGGGAACACCCUUUCUCAGAGCCUACUCACCAGCAGUAUCCACCAUACCACCCGAGAGACUUAAGUCCUUACCCACUGGUGCUCCGGCCAAACCGCAGCGCGUCUACAGCGCAGGCGCGGGGAGCAGGUCGAGCUCCGCUGACGGAGCCCCCCGUCCACCGGAGCGGUUUGUCCCCUUCCAAAGGCCCACCAACCCCCAUUAUAUUCCAGAUGGCUACAUGUCUUCACCAGAACGAGGAUCCAGGUAUGAAGAUCCUUAUUAUAGUCAGUACGGUACUAGAUCUGGAUCUAUUACACCAGUGAUUGACGAGGAAAUCAGUGACACAGAACUUCUAGAUGAAUCCUACUCUCUUUAUGGGGUAAAAGUAGCCCCUGGGGCGCCACCCAGAACCGCGCCCAGAUCAGGUUUUCCUGCCCCUGCUGGUGUACCCUACGACGCCACCAGGUUAAGGGUGGAAAAUAUGGAAAGACAACUGGCGAACCUCACGGGGUUAGUGCAGAAAGCCCUUACGCAACCCAGCACCCUACAAAUACCCGGCAGAGACGGAUAUAGAGGGGAUGAUUUUGACAAAAACUCCAGCUCCAGCUCGACGUCCCUACCAGAUGACACCUACUUGCGAACAGAGGGAAAGGCCCCGAAAUUGGGCAAAUCGGGUUGUCAUAAAUCUGUAUCAUUUGAGAAGUCGGUAUCGUUCAGUGACGAACCACCGGAUAUGAACUCGCCUAAGCAACAUAGUCCACAACACGCAGCGGACCAAAAACCAACCAAACCGGCUAUCAAGUCAUCCACCUUACCCAGGACCUCAUCACAGGAGCGAGACAGACUUAAACCAGCCCCGCCCCCCAAGCCGGCAUCUCUCUCGCCCAGCCAAUACGACAGCCGGAUUUACCGUGAUCUACAGCUGACGCCCGAGAUGUACAACCAGCUACGGGGUCUACAGAAGAAGGCGAAAGAUCUACGCGCAGAAGUGAGGAACUUGCGCAGAAUGAGUCAGGCGCAGGCGCACUCCGUUAAGGAGACCAUCCGGGAUACUUUUAUUAAAAUUAGGGCGAUGCUGUUGGCUGGUGGAGAACAAGUAUGGCAAGCAGGAAUGGAUCAGGAACGUGUAAGAUUAACCAGAGAAGAAGACCUGUACAAACAAGAGAUGCUACGCCUGGAAAAGGACCUUGGAGAACUGGAAUCGACCGUCGAAGAACUCCGAGGUAACGUCAUCAACCGCAAAACCAGAGUGAACAUGUCAGACGUUGAAAAUAUGGCGCUGAUCUUGAGCAAAAGUUCCAAAACUGUGGCGGAUUUAAAGCUUCGUUUUCCAGGUUUACAAGACAGUAUGAAAGCCCUAUUGACCACCGAAAUGGACAAAAUGAUGCGCGAGGAGAAGUUCUUGAAAGAGGAACCCGAGAGGUUGGAAAGUGCAUUGAGGAGAUGUAAGAAAUUGACGGGAACGUUGGUUACGUUAAAACGACUCGCUAGUGUGCAAGAGCAACGAUUGCCAUGCGCCAAUUCGGCCAAUGACGGCCGCUUAUCCCCCACCGCGACGGAAACGCCCCCCGUCACACCCUUUAGCACCCACAGCAAGCCCCCUGCCGCCUCUCCACGCGUGGGGUCGUUCCUCAUCGGGGGAGACUGCUCCCCAAACCUCCACCACUCCAACGACAGCGAUAGCAGCCGUCAGGAGAACGCACUCGACACUCUGCUAGAGGAACUCCAAACGUUUUCCAAACCGCAUCCCCCACGUCUCUCUUCUUCGGAUAGUUCCGAGCCGCCUGCCAUUCCCGUUAAAGGAAUCCCCCCGAACCGAGCUCCUCAAAUGGGUGAUAUCGGACGAAAGGGUAGUAUGGACUCGGCCAGCUUCUUACCCAGCAAUAAUUUAACUGUCAGCACCGCCACUGGCAGUUUGCGCAGGUUACACUCGUAUCCAAGCGGCAGCGAUACGGAUAGUAGUCCUCCCAUACAACCGUUGGCGAAUAAAAGUGCCUCCGGCAAACCUCCUUUGCCCGAGAGGAAUACCGAAGGACUUACCGCCUCUGGGAAGCGUAUACCUCCACCACCGCCCCCCAGGACGAGCAGCAAAAGCCCUUUGGCCUCUCCGACUUCCCCCGGGUUACCUUUGAAGCCGAUGAGCCAGUUCGAGCAGGCGACACAAAACCUCGGACUGCAAACCUUAAGGAGAAACCUCCCGAACCGAUCCAGUUUGAAGGACUCGAAUAAAUCCCAAACGUUACCGCGUAACGUAGGGUCGAGCCUACAGGUGCCUAGUAGCGACAGUGAAGUACCCAUAUCCGCCUCGAAUUCCAGCAGUUGCGAGAGCGUCAACUCCCAAGAGGGAAAGUCUUCCAAGACCCGUAAAGAAGAACUGGAGCAGCGUCACCAGGAGCUGCUACGCAAACAAAAAGCUCUACAAGAACAAUACGCGCGUCUGCAGCAACUUCAACGUGGCACGAACGCUUUGGCGAUAGUCCCGCCACCUCCCGAUCAACUGCUAAAGAAAACCGGGAGCGAAUCGAAUCUGUUGCAAAAAAUGGGAUUGCAGUUGGCCACGUCACAGAUCACCGGGUCGUUAACGAAUAUUCCCAAUACCGGAGCUAGUCUAGUGAGCAAAACUACCCUGACUAAUACUAACAGUGAUACUAGUACGUCGUCGAUUGUGGAUAGUAGUAGUAAAAGUGAGGAGGCGAGCGAGAAUCCGGGGGUCGAGGUGCAAAAGAAGGUUUACGAGACGGAUAUUCUUUGACCGCAGCAAAUGAAGGAGGUGUCCGGGGAGAUCGAGUGUUGACGAUGGGAGGAACUGAGGUUGCGUCGAAGGGGUCAAAGGGUCGGAGAAUGAUGACGUGUUGUGGUUUUUUUUGUUUAGAGUCAGAUGGUUUUGGUUCAAAAAUUACUGCUGGUUGAAUCAGUUUUUGAAUUUUGAGGUUUAUUGGAUGAAAUAUUACUUGAUAUGGUAGAUAGCGCUAGUAUGUCGAUCUUAUAUUAGCCCUUUCUCAAAAUUAGUUAAAAUGGAAAGGAGUGUGUGUUGGCAUCAUCAUUUUUAAACUGUUUUUUUAAGGAUAAAAGUAAGUAAUGGAUACGUUUAUUUUUAUUAUAAAGUAUUACGCAGGAGGUUAACAAAGGAUCUGCGAGGAAUGCAAACAAAACCGAAAUAUCAAGGCCUGAAGUUGAAAAAAAAAACAAAAUUUUGGUAUAGAAAUUAGCUGUUUUUUAUUUAUUUGUGACCAAUCUACUCACUACUUUUAAAAACAUGAUUAAAUUUGGUCAAAGUUCUACUUUACAUUGAGUUUUAAUUACAAAUGAGCAUCGAAAAUCUCAUAUAAAACUUUAAUGAUUUUUCUUUAAUUUUGAAAUUAGAAUGACUUCCGCUUGAACCGGAAAUUGUCAUAAGGUGAAAUUUUUCAAUCACAAUUUGAUCUUUUUAAAUAUUAAAGUGAAGUUUUCAGAUAAUAAUUCUAAGGUUCCUGGUAAUAAGAAGAAAUUUUUCGAUAAUAAGAUGUAAGUUUCUUUAUUGUAACUGGACAUUUCUGGAUACUACAUGAAUAAAUCACUCACACUUUGUAUUAUACGUAUAAUUUGGCGAAAGUUUCCGUUGAUUAUUUAGAAAUAUUCGUAUAGAAUCUCGAAAUGUUCACCUAUUUAUUAUUUGGAAGUUUCUGGUUAAUAAAUUGAAAUUUUCACUUAGUGAAAAUUCGUAAAAGUAUUUAUAUUAUGUAUUUCUUUAGACAGUUAGUGGACCUAGGAUAUAUCAGUAUAUAAAAUAACCUGUUACAUAUUUAGAGCAUGAAGCUCUAUAGUACUAUGGAAAAACUAGCUAGGUAACUUUUUGAUAAAAGACUCUUGAAAAUCUUGAAAUUCUCUUGAUACGAAACUUAGUAAUCAUUUACUUUUUCUUUUAACUAUUCGUCGUACUUAUUGCACUAAAUCGUCAUAUUGUUUCAACUUUGAAGUGUUAAAUUAAGGUCCUAUUCUUAAACAUAUAUUGUUGACUGAAGAUUUCUUGAGCACUUGUUAGAGUAGGAAGAAUAGAAAGCUUCUACCCAAAGUUUAGCCUUAUGCUAUUCGGAAUAAUUCAAAAUCUGUCUGUUUAUCGAUAUCGUCUGAUUCAUAUUUAGAUUUUACAACAUUUCUAUGAUAAUUUGUUAUCUUGUUCAUUGGUUUAAAAAUCUUUGUUGACUUGGAUUCUAUUCAUUUAUGUUGAUCCGUUGUACUAAUCCCUUUUAGUCUCUUUUGAAUAGUUUAUGCGUUUUCAUUAUAAUUACUGUAAUAAUUUAAUUAUUGAUUACUGUGACAAUUCAGUUUUUUUCAGCUGUUAUGUACCCUGUUUUUUUAGGUCCAAUGUUUUUUGCACUUUCAGGAAUUUGUUAAGAUGAAUUAAUUAUAAAAUAAAAUAAAAACUUGGCCAUCACAGAAUUGCACAAUACUAUGUUAAUAGAUGGAGCUAGCAAUUCUAUCGUUACCACCUGGUUGUUUUUAUCUGGAAAUUUGCAGUUUCUAGCUAAAAAAUUCCGCUUCGUAUCUAAAACUUUCUUACUAAUUAUCCAGAAAUUUUCAGGUACUAUCUAGUUAUUUUCAGAUAAGUGGAUAUUACUAAAUUAAAGGGUAUUUAUGAUAAUUUGCCAUAUUGAAAUGAAAUUCAAAAGAUCAAGAGAAUUCCAAAAAAAAUUACUUUUUGUGAUUUUCUAGACCAUCAAUAUUCCGAAUGAUAAUAACAUUCUGCUAAAACGUAUCAAAUUGUUUUAUAGCAGCAGCAAAUUCCGGAAAAAUGCACUUUAAAGAACUCAUUUCUAUUUCCAACUAUAAGCAACUUCCAUUUACCAAUAUUCACUUCGCAAAUUUCAGACAUUAACUAGAAAAUAUUCGGUGAUUAUAUGGAAAAUUGUAGUUCCCAUAUCAACAAAUUUCUACCAAGCAUCUAUACAUUUAAGUUUACUAUUCCUCUAUUUAUUCGUUUUUUUUUCUGGAAAAUACAAAUUCUUACACAUUAAUUGAAAAUUUCCAAAUCUUUUCUAAAAAACUUCAAUUCCUAUAAGCAAUCUGAAAUUCCACCCAGAAUCUGAAUAUGUUCAUUUACUAAUUGGAUCUGGAAAUUUUUAAUUUCUGUUCCUAUAACUUCCUAUUAUUAAAUAACUCCUAUAAUUUGGAAAUUUCGAAAUAGUAUCUAGAAAUUUGCAGUUCCUAUUGGGGAACCAUCUGGUAUCUAAAAAAUGUUGCUACUCUCUAGAAAUUCCUCUAUUUCUUUAUUCUUAUUUGAAAUCUCUAAAUCAUCACAUAUUAACUGAAAUUUCCAAAUCUUAUUGGAAAUAUGAAUUGAAUAUUACUAGAACAUCUAUUAUCUGGAAAAUUUCAUUUAUUAUCUCAAAGUGUCCAUUAACUGUCGAAGAGUUUCCACUCAAUCAAAAGUUUAAUGUGGUCUUUCAGAGCCAUACUAUUAGGUAAAUUUCCUAAAAAAUCAUCAAACCAAAAGUGUUUAUUUCCUAUAUAUUCAGAAAACAGCAUUGGCAAUUAAAAAUUAGACUAUAAACUAAUAUUGCAUAUCUGAAAAUUCCUCUAUUUACCCUAUUUCCCUAUUCCUAGAAUCUCCAAACUGUCCCAUAUUGACUGGAAAUUUCCAAAUUUUAUUUGAAAAUUUUCAGUUGUUAAAACUCUACCUAGACUUUCACACAGAAACAGAGUCAGGUGGAAGUUUUGACGUUGUCAAUUAAAAAAAAGAGUGUCAAUCUGACACUGGAGUAAGCGCGUUCCAGAAAAGACUGUAUUCCUGAAUUUCGUUGCAAUUAGUGUCAGAAGUGGGAUAUUGAUAACCAAGCCUAGGAAGGACACGAAGUUAGGUCUAACAUUAUUAAACAAAAUUAGCUUGGAAACCGUAUUGGAUUGGAACCGUAUCAUAAUGUGUAAUGUAUUUAAUGUAAUCUGGAAAUGGCAAAGUUUAUAAAGAUCCAAGCAAACUUACUGGAACUUCCAAGGUAACCAGCAUGUUUUUACUGAAUUUCGUUGCAAUUGGUGUGACAAGUAAAGGAUAUCUGAAAGAUAGGAUAGCCUAAGAAGUCAGGGCAAGAUUGAAAGAUUAAUGGAUCUGCUAUUAAAGAAGUUUGAUGAACAAAGAGUAGAACAAGUGGAACGAGACAAGAAACUAAGAGAAGAACAAGAGAUUGGAAAUUUUCUUUUACUAAUUUAAAACUACUUACUGGAAAUCGUUAAAUCUAUGUGGAAAGUUCCAUCGGUUAUCUGAAAAUUUGCAUUUGUUAUCUAAGAGUGUUCAUAAACUAUCUACAAAUUUACACCUAAUAAAAAUGAAGAGCCACCCAAUUAGGUAAAAAAAAAAUUUGGGUCAUUUAGCUAUCAGACAUUAUAAGCCUAUUUUAAAAUGUCCAUUAUAUCUAUUAAAAAAGGUAAACCUCCUGGAAAACAGAAUUUAGUUUUUUAAUUAAAGGCUUUAAAAAAAAAAGAUUCUGUUAACUCUAGAAAUAAAAUUGUAUUAAAACACCAUAUUUAAGAUAAGCAAAUUUUCAAAUCGAAUCUACUGGAACUGCUUGUAAAACACAUUUAAUAAUUAUAGAUGCAAACCUUUAGGACUUUUAGAAACAAAAAACAACCAAUCACACUCCUUUUUUAGUCCUGAGAAAGGCCUAAGUAAGGUAGAAACGUCGUUCAAUUUCUGGGAAAAAAUCUGAUCCAACGAAUAUCCUGGAAGGAAAAACCUUAAACAAAGAUAACCACAACAUUAUAAGUAUUAGAAAAACCCCAUAUCAUAUUAUGUAUUUGGAUUGUUGCAACUUUUCUUUUAAAUAAUAUUAAAUGUUAGUUGUUAAGUUUUGUUCAUGAGAGGGCCAAAAAUAGCGAAUAUUAUGCAUUCUAUUUCACAUUCGAACCCUCUAAAUCAUAUUUAUUUAUUAGGAAAUAACGCGUACUAAAAAAAAAAUAUUUUUUAUGAAGUUUCUAGUCAAUAAUAUUAUUGUAAUUUGUAGCCGGGCUACCACUUUAUUAAUUAAAUAAAUUCACACGAUGCACCAUUGCAAGGUUUCAUUAAAGUUUUCACUGUAUAUAGACACUUUCGAAAAUUCGUUUGUGCAAAAUUAUUGUUUAAAAGGUCAACAUUUACCAUAUGUGUACUUACUAUAGUUAAUAAUAGAAGCAAGUGGAACCGCAUAUAAUAGUGUAAGUAAUAAUAAAGAUCCCGACAAAACAUGUUGCCAAAAUGCCAAAAAACAAAGAGCCUAAAAGACUUUUAAAAAUAUUUUUGAAAAUAGUUUAAACAAUGCUAAUCGUGUAUAAAAUUUGUAGAAUUAUUUACACACUAUAUAUCAACAAUUUAUACACCAACAUAUUAUAGAGACCAUUGAGGGCUAUUGAAUAAGUAUUUGAUAAAGGGCCUAAAUCGUUUCAGUGUUUUGUUUGUUUUAUAGUGAUUAAUGAUUGAUGAGGGGUGAGUUUUUGAUGAUCAGAUUUUCUCGAAUGUUCCAUUUUCCGUUCAGAAAAUACGUGUAUUGGCUGUAGAUAAUGUUUUUUGGACAUAUAGCCUGAAUACUUCUCGUCAGAAUGAAUCCGAGGUCAGUGUGUUAAAAACCCUUGACACAAGAGGAUUUCCAGCACAAACUGUAUUGAAUGAACCGUUUGCAACGUUUUCGCAAAUCAAUAAAAAAGAUACCAUGCGGUUUUGGGACAAUAAAGGCAUAGUUUUGUUCAAUAUCUAGUUCACCAAUAUGGCAAGAUACAGUAAAACUGGAAAGAAAUUGAACAAUGUGAUUUAGAAGAAAAGAUAGUCGGUCCUCUACUUACGAGAUUAUUGCAUUUGAGUCUCACAUUGCCUGGACUCCUUUGCAUGAACCUGUUGAUAAAUGUCCCCCAUUUCUUCCUGACCUGACCCAUAUAGAUUUCCAUCUCUUUGCUUCCAUGAAAAAAACAAUAAAAGGCUCAACUGCCUGGAAUAGCUAAAUAACGUUUUUAGAAUCUAUGGGUCAAAUGUCUAAAAAAUAUUCCAGGCAGUCAAAGUUUUUUUUUAAUUAAAGUUUCUAUGAAGGUUCAAAGAUUGACGCCUUGAAGGGUGUUCAAGGGCGAAGGAAGUAUAGGGAGAUCUGAACCAAAAAGAUGGUGACUAAACAUCUAGAUACUGAUCAAAAAUAUCUAUAUCUAGUGACUUCUAUUGGGUCACUGGUUUAAUCAAAUUCUUUAACUCAUUUCUAGCAAGUCAAAUGCUUCAAAUAGAAUGAUUUUUUUUCCAAAAUUUGUCCCGGAGUAGAUUUCUGGAAAAAAACAAAAAUUACUACCAAAAUCCUAAGAAACGCAAAAAUGUGUCCAAAAUUCCUAGAAAGUAUAAAAUAUAACUCCAAAAGCCUGAAAAAUGCAAAAAAAAUAUUUCCAAUUUCUGGAAGAUGGUAAGAAUUACUCCGAAGAACCUUAAGAAAAAUUCAAGACUCCUAAAAGGCAUAAACACGUCAAAAGCAUCAAAAUCACUCAAAAAAUCUAGAAGAGGCCAAAAAGUUCAAAACCUGGAAGGCUGUAAAAAAUAUUUUUAGAACCUAGAGUUAUCUUGGCAACAAGUACCUGGAACAAAACUUCAAACUACUGCAAAAAAUCAGCUCUUGGGGAUCUGGAGAACGGAAAAACUGCCUACAACUGCCUGGAAUAGGAUAAAGAUUACUUCAACUUGGACUGCUUGGAAUUUUGUAAUAAAUUACUUGAAAAAACAUAAAAAAUACUUCAACUGACAUAACAAAAACGAAAUAGGUUUGAUGAACCUGUGAAAACUAGAACCUAGAAAAACUGUCUUUAACUGCCUAAAGGAUCGCUAAAUCAAAUAGCAGAUCUUUGAAAAAGGAGAUAUGGUACUUAGUGACUUACAAAUAGAUCUAAUUAAUUCAACUGCCUAUAAGAACAACCAAAUAACUUGAAAUUACUUGGAGAUCUUGUAACAAAGAAACACUAUCUUCAGGAAAAAGAGGAAAACUAAUUUCUUUAUCUACUUCUAGACAUAUGUCUCUUCCACUUCCUUCAAUGUUGAAGACGUCAUAGAACAAACUGACCACGAAGAGCAAAGAGAAGAGGCAAACCAAUGGCAGAACAAGAAAACAUUGUAUUCGAUUACUUGAAAAAAGACAGACAAUACUUCAACUGCCGGAAUAAAAUCGAAAUAGGAUUGAUGAACCUAAGAAGAGGAAAUAGUGUAACUUCAACUGACACCAAACACUUAUAGUAAUUAGCCCAAUUAGCAAAAUUACAAUUAUUUAAAUGAUGAAACGAGAGAAACUACAACGUCGUAUGGAUUGCUUAGAGAAACUCAAUGUAGUAGGGAAGAAACAUUAAAAUGAUGAGUUUGAAGAGGUUAAAACGAAACGAAGUGAAGUCAAACUGCCUUUAAAAGAUGUUGAUUAAAAAAUUUGUCAAAGAGGAUAACGAACUUGACAACUGAACUAUCAACUUGAGAAUUGAGUUUGAUGAACAUGAAGAAAAACGGGUCACCAGGAGACGAUAGAGUUUUAAAAUGGAAGUACCUACUAGCAAUACUUAAAAAGCUGUGCAAACUAUGCAGUCCUGGAACAAGGAAACACUGUUGUCAAACAUCAGGAACAAAGAUGAAGUUUAUUGUAGUUUCUGAAGGUUACCUCAAGCAUGGCAUGUGUCUUAGCAAACAAUUCAGUUGCUUCUGCAAUUCCAGAAUCAGAGGCACGAUAGGCUGUAAAUAGUGGUGCCAUCUGCGAAAAUAGUUAGUUCUGAUGUGGACGACUUGCUAGAUAUAAUUAAUUUCUAAAUUUAGGGUGGAGGGUUAUUUAUUAUUUUGUUAAUAUAGGUUCAAAAAUGUUGGCAAUUACUGCUUGGAUCAAAAACAUAAUCUCAGUUUUGAGAACCCUUAGAUAAGGAAAAACUGUCUUGAACUGUCUAAGAUUAGAUAAAAAUUACUUCUUUGCAAUUAUUAAAAUAAUAAAUCGUAGAUGGCCCUUCUAAAUUAAUAGCAAAAUCGUACUUGAUGUCUUAUCCUUUAUUAAAAUGUAAGCAAGUAAAUUAAAGCAAGGUACUAUAAUUAAGGUAAAAAACGAAGACACUUCGAACAAAAACUCGAUUAAAAUCCAGAAAUUUAAAUAUAGGUUAAAGGAAAUAACGUCAAAAUUUGAAAAUUAACUUAAGGUUUUUAAAAAGGAUCUUUGAUGGAAAAAUAGGGCCAAAUCUACCUCUACAGACAAAAGCAUAUUCUUGAUGAAACAAUUUUUGGACUUUUAGCUUGAAAAUCCACUACUACAAGACCUAAGAUCAGAGAUAGAUCAGAGAUAGCUCAGUUAAGUAUUUAUUCUUGAAGGAAAAGACACUGCAUUUAUUGACUUGAAAAUAAACAAAAAUUACUCAACUGCCAUGAGUGAUAAAUGAAUCACUCGUCUUUAAACUCCAGAAAAACAGUGCUGUGAAUAAUUUAAUAGAUAUAUUCAACGGGUAUAAAGAACUUACUUAAAACCUCAUUACUGUUUUUGUUUCUAAACUUCAUGCUUUAUUUGUUUUAAUGCAUCUUCACAAAGUUCGGUCAAUAAUGCUGAUCAUAGUGAAAUGGGUCAGUAAUUUGAAGAAUUAUUCUUCUUCUUCUCUUUUUAUGUUUUUUGCUUCUUUUAUGUUAAUUAAAUUUUUUAAAGGACUGCAAAGUGGAAUGAUAUACCAAAUAUAUUUAAUCUCAAAAACGCACCUCUAAAUUUAUUAGCAUCUAUGCAUUUUCAGAGGUCCAUUGAACCUAAAACAAAGAACACACUUGUUUUAGUAACUUUUACCCCCUGUUUCUAUUUUAGCAUAUUCAAUAGCCCAAUAUGUUUUAUUUGGCUGACGCUGCACCCUCUAGAUCGGUUAAAAUUUUUUAGAAUAAUAUAAUACGUAUGUAUCGAUGUACACUUUGGCUCAAUAACUGUUAAACCGUAUAAUAUGUAAAAUACACUUACUACUACACAUUUUGUUGUAAUUUUUUAAAUUUUUAAUAUAUAUGUAUAUUGUAUAAUGUGUGAAACAACUACCCCCCCUCCCCCGUGCCCUGCCCUGCCUGCCCCAUUUUAUGAUAAAUCGGUGUCGCACACACAUUAAUACAACAAACGGUCACAAAUAGUGAAAUGGAGAAAAAAAUCGAUGUCUUUGUAAAUAUUUGGAAAUCUCGCGGCUACUACAAAAUAUAUGGUGCCAAUAAUAUUAAUAAAAACAAAUGUAAUUUCGAAGAUAAUAUUAUAAUAAAAACAUAAAACAGAUGUGAGGAAAAGUA